ACAAAACUAAACUGAAUUGCAAAAGAAUUGCAAAAAACGUCAGUACAUACUGAUAAGCCUUCAGGAUGGUCAUCAAGAUAAACAUAUUCAUGUGUUCCUCCUAAAUCCGAGAUCGCAUUCCUCUCCACGUGUUCACUUUUCAGCCUGUUGAUAAGGCAUAUAUACACAGCCAACAUCGCGUGGCGCCUCCACAAGUGCUGCCGGCGCUCGCGUUGCUCAGCUGCGAGAACGUCAACUCAGGUUACUUCGGGGAGUCCUUAUUUGACCGUGAAGUGAGGGCGUUUCCGUAUGUGUGUGUAGAUAUAUUAUCCGGUUCCCUUUGUGAUUAUUGUAUAAGUUACUAUUUAUAUACUACAACCACAUCUGUCUCUCAUAAAGUAUGCAAAUAUGGCUAUGUAUAUAAUUCAUAAUACAUGUGAAGUCACUUCCCUUCUGAGUGUAUGAAGGGAGAAAACUCCAUGUGAGCAAGUGGACUUAUGAGACAAAAAGCUUAACAGACAGAGAAACACAAGGAAAAGACAAAAGCUAAUCCAGUCCCUGAUCGAUGAAGACAAAGGGCGUGUGCCCCGUUUCCAGAAGAGGCCGAACGUGUUAGUAUGACGUCGCUUCAAACGCAGGUGUAGUAGCGAGGUGUGGAGCAGCCUCUUUGCCCCUGCACAAGUCUGCCCGCCUGACAUGGAGGGACAGGAACGCGCACCUCUCAUUCUCUGGGCUUUCGUCACCCGCUACGACUUGACUCAUACUGACGUUAACGGGGAGUGCAAUGACAACAAACCAUUGGUGUCUUUGCCUAUGUGGCCGGAAUGGACGGCUCGCGAUGUACAGACGGAGCUGAAAAAAACUCUUAAACUUGACCAGUCAUCUGCGGAUUCAAGUCUAGUGCUUAAGGUUCGCAAUGGUGAAGGUAUGCUUUUGCCCAUGACACCCACAGCACUUAACAGCACAUCUAAACAACCUCUUGUUAUAGAAGUUUGCGCACCACACCAACAUGUAACUGGAACGGAAAGUGGAAUGGGCGCUCUCCCCGCCUCCUUCAGAAAGACGGUGGAAGGUCUCAUAUGCAACUACGAAGCGAGGCUGGCGGCGGUGGAGAAGGGGCUCGUCGGCCUGGAGUCCCGUCGCGCUUCGCUCCUCGAGGCCGAAGUGCGACGCAUCCACGACACCCUCACCUUCAUGUCGCGCCGCCUCGAGCUCACGCAGACCCCCGACUGGAUCACGGGGGCGCAGACGUAACGGGGCGGCACUCACUCGUAGAAGUACGGAUUUUGAAGGAAUA